AUGUCCGGCGUAUCGACUACCUACCCGCUGCAUCGAAUACGAUUCUACGAUCAUACUCCAUCACCUAUCACAGCUCUUUCCUUCGCACCUCUGCCAUUACCUCCACCUCGAGGUCCUGCUGCUUCUUCGUCAAAGGGCAAGUCGAGGGACGGCCAACAGCAGCACACCAAUCAUAAAGAUGAAUUCGGUGUGCUGAUAUUAGCGAGAGAAAACGGAGAGGUCGAAGUUUGGGACUAUGUAAGGGAUGAAGAGGGGAAUAUGAGUGGGAACUGGGUGUUGAAGAAGACUCUACCACCUACUCUGACCCACCCUACUAUCUCAUCCAUCGCACUGGUCAUCAGAGACCCACUGAACUUCCAUACGAAAUCAUAUUCAGUACCUAAACUAGAAGAUUUGAGGUUGUUCACCGCUGGAUCCGACUCUAACGAUUUAACCGAAAGAUGUCUAAUCACCGGUAGAAUCCUUCAAACAUACGAUAUACCUUCACCUCCUCUAUGGACACUUUCCGUUGCUCCCACUCAAGACCUUCUAUGUCUCUCGAGCUCUUCUUCAACACUGCAUUUCCUUAGUAUCCCCCCUCCAACGAUGUUCAACAAAUCUCCCGCUCUCGAACCUCCUCCAUCAGAGUUGUUACGAUGUGAUACUCUCCCAUCAAGAACAAGGACAGUAUCAAUCGCAUGGGGCGUACCGAAAUUGGUGAAAUCUUCCGAUUCCGUUACCAAUUCCGAGUCUGAGGGUGAUUAUGAAUGGAGGAAUACAUAUUUGAUUACGGGUAAUUCCGAUUCAUCAUUUAGGAAAUGGGAAUUACCUCCUCCGUUCGAUCCGUCUAAACCCAAUCAGAGCAAUAGAGUCACAUUGAAAUCUAGAGCUGUUUUGGAGAAGUUGGCGAAAGCAGGUAGAGGAGGGAAGAAAGCUGGUACACCAGCUGGAAAUCAAAGAGGAACAAUCGUAUGGGGCGUUGGCGUAUUACCAGAUCAUAAUUUCGUUACAUCCGAUUCGUUAGGAAAUGUCACGUUCUGGGAUGGACAAAGUAUGGCUCAACAACAGCAUUUCAGAGCUCAUAAAGCAGAUGGAAUGUGUCUUACGAUUGGUCCAGGCGGUCGAAGUGUUUUCACCUCUGGACCUGAUCAAAGGAUAUGUCAAUUCGUCAAUGUGCCCUCAACUUCCGGAUCAGGUUCUCAAUGGGUUUUAACAACCAGUAAACGAGUUCAUUCUCACGAUGUUAGAGCUUUGGCUGUAUUCCCCCCAUAUACACCUUUUUCUGGUACCAGCAUAAAUCCUGGGUACGCACCGGUGAUAGCUUCAGGAGGAUGGGACAUGUCUCUCACGUUUAUAUCCGCUGGCACGCCUGAUUCCGGCUCGUCUUUAUUGGUGAAGAAUCCACUAGGUAAAUUCAAGGGAGCGAGUGGAUCAAGGGUGAUGUUCGAAGAGUCUUUCUCGAGGAAGAUGGGUUAUAUGACAGACGGAAGAGUACAGUUCGCUCCUCAGGCUAGAUUAAUAUUGGGUAGGAAAGAUAGGAGCGUAGGUGUUUGGAAGGUAUUGGAGGAUGAACAGGGCUGGGAGAAGGUGCUGGAGAUGGAAUUGAAGUUGAGAACCAAUAUUAUCUCGUCUUCCAUAUCGCCUAAUGGGAAAUGGUUAGCUGUUUCUGAUCUAUACGAAACUAAGCUUUUCCAUUUAUCCUCUCAAGGGAACGCUAUCCGACCCUUACGUGUCAAAUCAUUCUUAUCCACUCUGGCCUCUUCAACCCAAUUAGAACAAUUAUCAAUCCCCUCAAAAGGCUGUGGAUCGUCCUCAAUAUCGUUUACGAAUGAUUCUCAAAGAUUGAUUUUGGGUUUGGUAUCUUCUGGCCAAUUGUUGGUUCUGGAAUUAUCACAAGAUGCAAAUGAAGAUGAAAUCGAGGUGGUCAAGUGUUUCACGCGAGAAGAUAAGAUUGUAGAUGGGCGAGUGGUCAAACCUAAACCCAAUGGAACGGGAAACGUCAAUGGGGAUGUUGACAUGGAAACGAAUGAAGAUCAACAAAGUGAAGAGAGUGAAGAGAGUGAUAAUGACGAUGAAGAGGGAUUCGGCGGAGGCAGUAAGAGGGAAGAGAACGCUGCUUGGAUAUCUUGUUUAGCCGUUAGUGAGGAUAAUCAAUGGUUGGCUGCGGGUGAUUUGGAGGGUAGAGUGGGAAUUUGGAAUUUGGAUACUUUACAGCUUCACGCUACUUUACCUACUUUACCAUAUCCACCUACGACACUAUCAUUCUCACCUUCUUCCUCACCAAUCCUAAUCCUCGCUUUACCGACCAAUACAUUCCAAUUGUACAAUCUCGAACAACGUAAAUUACUCGCACCUUCACCUGCAGGUCAAUUGAACGAAUUACACCGUUCUUUAGCUUCUCUUCAUACACCUCUAAGUGGACUGACAUUUGCCCCUGGCCAAGGUGGUAAAUCAGGGAAAGUGAAGAUGUUGGUAUGGGGUGUAGACUGGAUGGUGACUUGUUAUCUGAAUUUGGACGAAAUUAUCAAUGUUAAGAAUAGACGAUCAUCAAUUUCAAUUUCGGUUAAUGGAUCACCUGCAGGAGGAAGAAAUGGAUCGAAGAAGAAAAGAGCAAGAGAAGCUAAACUUGCUAGAGAUCAUUUAGGUACUCCUAGUGUAGCCGAGGAAGGAGAAGGAGAGAUGGAAAUCAAAGUGAUCAGAGAUAGAUUUAAAUCGAUCUUGGCUAUUGGAUGGUUGGGACAAGGUCAAGGAGAGUUGGGACUGGUCGAAAGGCCCUUUGGAGAUUUUGCGGGAGAGUUGCCAAAUGCAUUCUGGUCAGGUGGGUAUGGGAGGAGUUAG